UGUUUUCUAGGUUGGCGCACUUCACCAAAUUAUAUGUUUACCUAACAUCACAACAUACUUUGACAGUCGAGUAAAUGUGACAUAAUUUCUAUUUACGAUGUCUUCAUUGUUGUUCAGUUCUCGGGCAGCUUCAUUGUGUAAAUCAAACUUGAAAUGGUGUUUUGCUAGUUUGUCCACAACACCAGUCAACUUUACGGACGAUGUCAAUAGGGCAAUCACACAGAAAGAACCGAAACAAAUCCACAGCAAUGUUGCGUUAUUGAAUCCCGCAGAAAUUGAGCAUAAACAAAAACUGAAGGGUUACAUAACAGUCGAUACCCCACAAGAUGUUUCCUUGAUCUCUGGCGUUCCAGAAGAACAUAUCAAAGGACGCAAAGUAAGAAUUUAUGAACCACCCAAGAAUGCCAUGCAAAGUGGCACCAACAAUAUUGGCCACUGGGAAAUGGACUUUGAUAACCGUGAGAGAUGGGAGAAUCCCUUGAUGGGUUGGUCUUCUACUGGUGAUCCUCUAUCCAACAUGAAAAUCCAAUUUUCCACUAAAGAAGAAGCAAUUGAAUUCUGCUCUAAGAAUGGAUGGGAAUAUUUUGUUCAAGAGAGUUCUCAUGAAAAGGAAUUCAAGCCCAAGUCUUAUGGUAUUAAUUUUUCAUGGAAUAAGCGUACUCGCACUUCCACCAAGUAGAUAUAAUAAUUCAAUAUUUUGUAAAUAUAAUUUAAUUGAAAAAUAAACCACUCUCCUGACUUCA